AUGCCCGCGAUGCUGAAGUUUUGGAUUUUAGGACUCUUAUUUUCCGCAGCUAAGGCUCGUGAAGAAUUCCAAAGUUGCUUUACCCGUCAGCUACAAGCAAAGGAUGUGCUGUCCGUCAGGGGACGGUUGCUGCCGAAUUGCACGCGCUGGACCUGCGAAAUUCUUGUGCAGGACAGCCCCGCCCGUCUCAUCCACGCUGAUCAUCGUGUUUCCAAGCAAGAAUCCAUCUACAACUCGCAUUCAGCGGGAAAUGGAGCUUUCCGGUUCGAUCUCGAAGUCAAGCAAAAUGUGAAUCCCUACGAGCCUGGUGACAAGUUUGAAAUGGCACUUACAAUUCGCGCUCCCAACAACGUCGACGUCACCUACCCGCUCUCAAAAACGCUCUCUAGCGUCUCCUUUGUCCAAAAAGAGGAGCUGGCUAGGCUCGUGCUGGCGGAUUUUGAUCGAAUUAGGUGCCACGGCGGCAUGGAGCAGGUCAGCUUUGUUGGUACGAUGCUGGAAAGCUGCGGCCAGACGGCACCAACUGAGGAUGGUUUCAGUUCAAAGCCGGGGUCUAAACUACCGAAAUGCCCGGGGUUGAAGCGCCGCCCGUGGUUGUUGUACGACACGCAGAUGAACAUGGAG